AUGAUUAAUAGAGUGUUUACCAGAUCAUUUGCAUCAAGUUUAAGAGCUGCUGCUUCUAAAGCUGCUGUUCCUCCACCAGUGAGACUUUUUGGCGUUGAAGGUACUUACGCCACGGCUUUAUACCAGGCCGCAGCGAAGAACUCCUCUAUCGAUGCUGCCUUCCAAUCAUUGCAAAAAGUUGAAAGCACAGUCAAGAAGAAUCCAAAAUUGGGCCACUUAUUGCAAAAUCCUGCACUGUCAUUGAAUGAUAGGAAUUCUGUCAUCGAUGCGAUUGUGGAAACUAAUAAGAAUUUGGAUGGUUACGUCGUUAAUUUGUUAAAGGUUCUUUCUGAAAAUAACAGACUGGGCUGUUUUGAAAAGAUUUCAUCCGACUUCGGCAUUCUGAACGAUGCACACAACGGGUUACUCAAAGGUACUGUGACCAGUGCCGAACCAUUAGAUCCCAAGUCUUUCAAGAGAAUUGAGAAGGCUUUGAGCGCAUCUAAAUUGGUAGGACAAGGUAAAUCCUUGAAGCUGGAAAACGUGGUUAAGCCAGGAAUUAAAGGUGGUUUGAUUUUAGAGCUUGGCGACAAGACUGUUGACUUAAGUAUCUCUACAAAGAUUCAGAAAUUGAAUAAGAUCUUAGAGGACAGUAUUUAA